AUGUCCACCGAUAUCGUCGGAGCACGCUAUCUUCGUCACCGCAAUCUCUCCGACGAGGACUUCAACGCCCUUCCCUCCUACAUGCGCUUCGGGCCGCGUCGUCUUCCUCUUGCUGAGCAAGAGGACGAAGAGUCUGCGCCAAUCGCUGUAGCUGAGGUCGAAGGGCCUGUCUCGCAAGCCUUGGGCGAGGCUGCCGCACCACCGCCCGCGCCGACGACUGUCCAGGAGACAGCCGUCGCACUCGCUGUGGUCGCACCGCCCAUCCAGCCGGAGGCCACCCAGCCACACUUGCUAAAUGCGAACAACGCCCUUGCCGCUGUGUCUGCUCCCUCCGAAGGGCGGAUUUGUUCGGACAAGGAACUCGACACCGCGCGUGCCCUCGUCGAACUUCACGCAACCGUCCGUGUUCAUAUCGCCGCCGGCGCCCGCAUCGAAGAAACCCCUCGUGUACAGGAGCCGCAGAGCUCUCGCGACGCCGCGCCUGGGGACGAGACUUCUGCUACACUCGUCGACGCGUCCAUCGCCGCCCGCAACAAAAAGCCACGGAGGCUACCCAAUUCCUCGCUGAAGCGCAAGGAACUGGAGGACGAGAGUGCCCCUGAGCCGAAACGGGCUUGCACUGUGACUACUAGGUCGCAGGCGAAGUUGGCCGCUCAGAAUAGUCAGGAGAACGUCGCCGAACCCGUUCCGGUUGCUUCUGGUAGCAACCACUCUCUGAGGGGGGUUGCGAAGGCUGGUCCGAAGGUUAAGCGCAAGACGAAGGCGAAGGCGGAAAAGGCGAAGGCGAAGGAGACUGUCGAUGUUGAGGCCCCGGUUCGCUCUGGGCCGUCGAGCCCGCUCAAGGACGUACAGCCAGAAGGCUCGGCUCGGCCGGGGAUUAUCAAGAUCCCGCCUAGGCCUAAGCGUCGGUGA